AUCAACUUCCGGUUCAUCAAAAGUUUACAAGGAAACGAGCAGCUAGCCUUGCCUCUACAAUCAACAUUUGUAAGAUACGACUAAAAGACGGCAUACAAGAUUUCUACGGGGAAGCAACAUGGGUAUGCAUUAAUGUAAAGAUUGUGGCUAGAUGGCCCCCUCCCUCUGUCUUCUCUGAGACUCCUGGUGCCACCGCUGCGUCUGAUGUCUGCGGUCAUGUGGCAGGUGGUGGGGCGGCGGAGUUUGGAGCAUUAUGGGAAGCUGGAGGACUUUGUGUGUUUGGUCACAGAGACCGUUCCAGAACUACUGACUGACAGGCAGAGAGCAUUACUGCUUCUAGGCCUCAGAGCAAAGCAGAUGUCCCAGGAGUGGAUAGUUGAGGAUGUCGCCCCAGAACUCAUCCAGACUCACCUGGACAGGAUCCAGUCCAUCUGUCUGACAAAGUCCAGUGACAAGGCCUUUGAGGAUGCCAAAGCCAGGCUCAUGGCGUACACCCAGAGGACUCCAGGAGAUCAAUGGACUUUUGGUCAAUACUUUAAUGCAGAGCUGGAGUCUCUGGUGUGUGUGUUCCUCUCCAGACUGGAGGAGCUGCUGCCAGUACCAGACUUUAAACAGGCUGCUUCCUGGCUUGACUCUGUCCCUGGUGGUGUGGAUGAAUGUCUGCAGUCUAUCCCCCACAGUGACAGCCUGAGGUCUGUGCUGCAGAGCCAAACGUGCUGCCGGGAACACCUGAUAAAUAGAGACUCCAGCCCAUCCCAGACCAACCUCCUCAGCUCUCUACCUGUUUGUCUUCCAAAUUUGAUGGUGUUCCGUCCCUCUGCCAACUCUGACAGGGAGUCAGAACCCUUCCCUGAGGAAAGGAUGGAUGAAGAGAGAGGAGAAGAACAGGAGAAGGUCUGCAUCAAACGAGAGGAUGACGAGAAAUCGAAAGUAGACGAGCUGAUUGGUCAAGACCAGGAAUCAGCCAACAGAGUCGCAGGGGAAACGGAAACGUCCAACCUAGGGAUUAUGGGUUUCAUUGUUCAGAGCCAAUCUAUAAUGAUUAUCCCCCAGCCGGGCCAGCACUCUCUUGCUGUCGUCUCCCAGUCUGCACCCACUCUCACCCUGCCUGUGGCCUGCAGGGGGCAGACUGCAGUCAACUCUCCCUCAGGACAGAGCAGGCCCUCGCCAGAGAGGAACACUGUUCCUGUGAGCAGCCAAAAGCCCCAGGCCUCACCGGGGAGGUAUGUGUGCAUCAUCCCAGAGUCGUCUGAUAAGUCUGUAGAAUCUAUUAGGGUGGAUAAUGACACAGACAGCCCCACAGGGGAGUCAUCAUCUUCCGAGACGCUCCCGUCUUGCAUAUCCCACAAUCCCCGGCGUGUUGCCCACAAGUGCCCGACAUGCGGGAAGUGUUUCAUCUACCGUUCCCAGGUGCUGCGUCACCUGACCACACACUCGCGAGGCGGCCGCUACAAAUGUGCCCAGUGUGGUGUUGGCUUCCCAACACCCUGGAGCCUGAACGACCACAAGCGCUCUGUGUGUGUCAACGCCACCUUCGACUGCGCCCAGUGCGGGAAGCGGUUUGCGUCGCUCCGUGAGCAGUACCGUCACCGCCUCACCCACAAGACCAACACCUGUUUUCAAUGUGGGGCGGGCUUUAGGACCCAGCUGGAACUGACCCGACACCACAAGACCCACUGGGCCCAGCCGCUGCACCAGUGCUGCCUGUGCGGUAAACGCUUCCGCCUCCUCUCCAGCCUGACCAAUCACAAGCAGACUCACUCUUCCGGCGGCGGCUUCGCCUGCACCCAGUGCGAGCGUGUGUUCGGCUCGGCGAAGGAGCGCGACGCCCACCGGCAGAUGCACCGCGUACCCAAACUCGUCUGUCCUGUUUGCGGCGAGACAUUCACCUCGCAGGCCAAACUCAUCAAACACCAGCAGACCCAUCCGGUCCCAGAGGGGAGCGAGGGCCAGAGGUACAAGUGCCGUUACUGUGAGGAGACGUUUACAGGCCUGACCCUCAUGAGGAUCCACCAGAGAAGCCAUCUUGUGGACAGACCUCAUCAAUGUGACCAGUGUGAGAAGAACUUCACUACUCUGGGGUCCCUCCAGUCCCACCUCAGAACCCACUCGGAGGAGAAGCCCUUUCUCUGCGCCCACUGCGGCAAGCGCUUCCGGACCAAAGACGGCAUGGAGGGACACCUCCGGAUCCACACGGGCGAGAAGCCCUUCCACUGCUCCUACUGCGGGAAACGCUUUACGGCGCUCGCCGGGUUGAACGUUCACGUGCGGCGGCACACGGGUGAGAGGCCGUACGUGUGUGAGGUGUGCGGAAAGGCGUGGCCCUCUGGUGGGGACUUGCAGAAACACAUGCGCUGUCACACAGGAGAAAGACCUUACAGCUGUGUUGACUGUGGGAAGACAUUCUCCAUAUCCUGUCACCUGACAGAACACAUGAAGACACACUCAGGUGAGAAGCCAUUCUCUUGUCCAGAGUGUGGGAAGAGCCUGAAGAGGAAGUUUGAUCUGAAGAAGCACCUGUUGACUCACUCUGGAGUGCGUCCGUACCCCUGCCCUCACUGUGACAAGAGCUACACCCGCCGCACACACCUCAACAGGCACCUACAGAAACACUCGGCCGAGCUGUUAGCAGCAGCAUUGUAGCCAGCAUCAUUUGCCCAUGGAUGGACAUCUCAAUAGUAUUCUGUCCCUGAAAUAACAAUGGGCUCCCAUCACCAAGAUUCUGAUUUGGAAUUCAAUGACUUCGAGACUAGAGGAACAGAACGUUCUGCCUGUGGAUGGCAGGGGUAAGCAAUGUCUCCCUGCUGGUUGAGAUCAAGGGACUUUUCCUGAUUCAUCUUGUGUUAAUCAAGAAUAUGAUUUGUGUGUGGUCUGACUGUAGAAUCAUUAUCAAAUAGACCUAAAGCAAUUUCUGUCUCCUAUGUCGUGGCCUCAUUUGUUGGUGAAACAGUUCAUUAUAAAAUAGUUGACUGAUGGGUAACUGUUGCCUGAAUAAUGCCUCUUCAAUUUAUAUCCUGUCUGUAAUUCAGUUUAAUAUUUCUUCUGUGCUUUGAUAAAACCUAUCCCAAGUUC